AUGGGCUUGCUUGACACGAUGUUUGGUCACCAGGAAGCGGUGCUGUCAAUUGACUGCUUGAACAAAGAACGUAUCGUUCUAAAUGGCUCUCACGAUUGCGGAAGUAUUGAUUGCGUUGCGAUGCUCAAUGAAAACCAUUUUGUUAGCGGAUCAGCUGAUGGAUCGUCAUGUGUCUGGUCAAUAUUUAAGAAGAAGCCUAGAACUGUCAAGCAGUUUGCUCACGAUCGCAAUAACAAACAGGAACCUUUUUGGGUUGUGUCUGUUGCAGCUAACCCAUUUACCGAUCUAGGGGCAUCCGGCUCAAAUAAUGGCGAAUUACGUUUCUGGCGCGUUGCUGAUGAC